AUGGCAGACCUGCAACAGUCACCGUUCUUAAGGGAGCUGACAUCGAGUGAACGACGGACCCGCGACAAAGCAUUGGACUCACUCACAUUAUUCCUCAAGAGCCGUCGUGAUCUACAGCUGGUCGAUCUCUUAAAAAUAUGGAAAGGCUUAUUCUUUUGUAUGUACCACUGCGACAAGCCCUUAAACCAGCAGACCCUCUCCCGUUCACUCUCAUACACCCUCGUACCCAGCUUGCCUGAGCAAGUUGUCCAACCCUUCUUGCGCGCAUUCUGGAUGACGAUGUCCCGAGACUUCCAUUCUCUGGACCGGUUAAGACUGGACAAAUACCUAUUCUUACUACGCUGCUAUAUCGGCGUCGCAUUUGAAAUAUUCAUUAAAAAGGGUCUCAGCGCCCAAAAAGCCGGGAAUCAAAGGGGUACAACCCGAGAACAAAAGGAGAUCAACGGCAAAAAGAGAAAACGAGCCGAUGAGGCCGAAGAAACCGAUAGCUGGGCGGGUCUGGAAACGUACCUUGAUAUGCUUGAAGAAGGACCACUGUCUCCGGUCAAUUUUGACGGCAAGCAGUCCGAUUCUUCGGCAAUGCCAAAGGGCCCGGACGGCAUCCGAUAUCAUAUUAUGGAUAUUUGGCUUGACGAGCUGGAAAAAUGCGCCACGGAUGAGGUUGAGGAUGAUGAAGAUGUGACAAAGACGAAAUUGAAAGAUGGUGUUCCAAUGGAUUUGAUUCUUCGUCCAAUUGAGCGGUUAAAGGAGACAAGUCCAAACAAGACUGUUCGGAAAAGGGCGGCAGAGACUUUACAAGACGAGAGACUAGUGUUGUGGGGUGUGAGGGAGAGAGAAGCAAUUGAGGGUUCCGAUGAAGAUGAAGACGAGUGGGGAGGGAUAGAAGACUAA